AUCCUUUCAUCGUAUACCUGUGAAAUACUGUUGGACAGACGGAGACACCAGCAGCAGCAGGUGUAUUAUUUUUUAGCCGAAGUGCAGUAAGAAGGAAAGACGCAGCGAUGGUGUCGGUCAAGAGGCAGAUGCUCGGCCUUAUUCUGGCCAUGAUUGGAUUUCUUGGAGUGAUCGUAGUCUGUGCUCUCCCCAUGUGGAGGGUGACGGCUUUCAUCGGCGCCAACAUCGUGACGGCCCAGAUCAUCUGGGAAGGGCUGUGGAUGAACUGUGUGAUGCAGAGCACGGGGCAGAUGCAGUGCAAGAUCUACGAUUCUCUGCUAAUUCUUCCCCAGGAUCUCCAGGCAGCCCGAGCCCUGACUGUGAUUUCCAUUGUGGUGUCUGUGUUCGGCAUCCUGCUGGCCAUCGUUGGUGGAAAGUGCACCAAUUUCAUGGAGGAUGAGGUGUCCAAAGCCAAAGUAGCUAUUGCAAGUGGCGUUAUCUUCGUCAUCGCAGGGGUGCUCUGUCUGAUCCCUGUCUGCUGGUCUGCCAACACCAUCAUCAGAGACUUCUACAACCCCCUGCUCACUGAAGCUCAGAGAAGGGAGCUCGGAGCCUCACUGUACAUCGGCUGGGGAGCCGCAGCUCUACUGCUUCUUGGAGGAGGUCUGCUCUGCAGCUCCUGUCCACCCAAAAAUGAGGAUGAAUACCCUGUCAAGUACUCCCAAGCAAGGUCUGCAGCGACUAGCAAAGCCUACGUGUAAGACAUUUUAAGUGCAUAAGAAGAAACAUGAACUGUACUCAUCUUGAUGCUGAGCUGUGUUAAUCUUAACUGCGUUUCUUGUGCAGCAACACUUCUGUCCUCCUUUUGUCACGGUUGUAAAUGUGAAGAUAAUACAUUGUUGUUUGUAAGAGAUGGUAUUAUCGACAGGACUGUUUUUUUAUGCUUUAAACUACAUGUGUUCUGCGGAUUGAGACAGGAAUCAUGAUGAUUUUGGACAAGUUUAGUUAUGUUGUUUUCUGCAACCUGAAAGACAAAAAACAAUGAAAGCCUGAGGAAACUGAUUUGUCCCGAAGUGUUUUACUUUAAAUCGGCACACAGUGAAAGUGAAUGGAAGUAGGGUGCAAAUAGAAAAAGCAAAGAAUGUUUAGUUUCUGUGUCGGAACCUAAGAUAGUCAUUUCCUUCAGCACUUCCUUGUAUGAUAUUUUUAUUUUAAUCAUAAAUAUGUAUUGAUAAAAGAAUACCUACUAAUGGUAACAUACAUUUAAACACUUAAAGGAUGUUCACAAUGAUUCUCUUCUGUUGGAUAUCUUUUGACAUUUUAGGUAAAACGUUUGGGAAUCAUUUUUCUGGUCUUGAACUGUCUUAGCAUUUUCUUAUCAUAUAUCCAUUCUAAACAGUAAGCUGCUCAUUUGAUGUUUUUAGCCAAUGUUAAUGUACCUUCUGUAUUUAUGAUUUUGAGGAGAAAGAUUAAAGCUUCAUUUAAAAAAAAAAACUAGGUUUUCUCCAAGUUAUUUUUUUAUAGUAAGUGUUUGUGAAUGCAUAUUUGUAUCAGCCAUGUAAACUGUGUAGGUAGGCUUCUUAUCAAAAAUGAUUUAAAUGUGAAAUUUGAAGAAUGAUACUGAUGAAACGUUUACACAAAAUCUCAAUUGUCAUUCCUCUGUAGGCAAGAAAAUGCAUGAUGCACAGUUGCAGGAUUUCCCUAUAAAAAUGAUAGCUAAAAACGUGCUUUGCAAGUCUGUUACACCUUGUUGCUUAUACCUAACAAACCGGUUCAACUGCUUUUGGAAAAAAACAGUUCUGACCUCAUCCAAGAGUAAUGUAGUUUUGCAUGUUAUCUUCUAGUUAUUCGUUACACUGACAUAUUAUUAAAUGAAAGUUUUAUGCCAAA